UCUUUUUAUUCAGAUAGAUAUAUGCUACCUAAGGAUAAAACGUGUCCUCACAUUCAGGAAGUGCACCAUAUGGUUUGAAACGAUGUUAUGGCGGACCCUGAGUCAAAAGCAUCCGGAGACAUUCCAGCAGUGUCAUCGUCUGCAGCUGGUGGAAAACAGAUAAAACGGGAUAAAUACUGUGCGCUGAGAGCAUCUCAUGUUUCACGUGACCAAGAGAAAGUGGGGCACACGACCUUGAAUGCCAACAAUGAACCACAGAAGUUCAAAAAGUUGGAACUUGAGAACCUGCAGAGAUCCAUCCAACAUGGCAUGCUCACAGUCAUCUCUAACAAGAAGCUGUACGAGCCAGAACGACAGAUGCUCAUGGUGGAUCUGGAGCAAGUGGUCAUGCUCAACAUCCAGGGUAGUGAGGUUCCGAGUAGCGUGUCAAACAGUAGACUGUUGAGUCACGUUUCUGGGAUAGAUGUGAGUGACUACCACGCCAAUGAGUCAGGAGGAGGGACUGCUUCUCCCACCAGUUCCGGCUCCAGCCACGUCUCAGUUGCCAACUACAGAUUCAAAGCAUACGCCCCCAGGGCUUUCGAUUUCUUCCGCAAAAUUUACAAAGUCGACAAGGCAGAAUUCAUGAGAUCGAUAGGUGCUCCGAUGAAGUGUAUUCCGAACCCGGGUGCCUCUGGCAGUCUCUUCUUCAUCUCGGGCGACGACUGCUUCAUCAUGAAGACCCUGCAGAAGAAGGAGGCUACGUUCCUCCUCGAACUAUAUCCAGGAUAUAUUCUGAACCUCUACCAGUCUCCGGAUACACUGCUUCCCAAAUACUUCGGCUGCUACUGCUACCAGAGCAUCCUGGGCAAGAAUGUCCGAGUGGCCAUUAUGAACAACCUCAUACCUCGCAAUGUCACCCUUUGGAAGAAGUACGACCUCAAGGGUUCCACAUACAAAAGACUGACUGAUGUGUCCAAGUCCAGCAGUAAGGUGCCCACUCUGAAGGACCUCAACUUCAUUAACGACUUCAAAGGCUUCAGGAUCCUCCUCGAGUCAGACGUCUACAACGCACUCAUCAACAGACUAGAAAACGACACACUGAUGUUGGAGAGUUUUCAAAUCAUGGACUACAGUUUCCUCAUGGCCAUCGAAGAAGUCGACGAAGAGAAAGACCGAGUGGCGACAUUGAGACCGGGUCAAGACAAUGUUCCAUCCUUCUAUCAAUAUAGUGAAAUCUUGAACCUGCCUAUGCUACGUCACCAAAAAGGAAUUCCGGCCAAGAAGGAAGAAGAUGGAAAGGGAUUGAGAUUAUAUGUGGGCAUCAUCGACAUAUUGCAGAAAUACGUGAUGAAAAAGAAACUAGAGCACAGAGUGAAGGCAGUAUUUCUGGAGAGUCAAGACAACGAGGUGUCAGUCACUCAUCCCACCAAAUUCCAGAAAAGAUUCAUGAACUUCAUGAAGAACACAGUGUUCAAAGAGGAAAAGACAUAUACCGGUGCCAGACCCUCUCACUUGUAUACCCAUACAAAUCCCUAUGCCCACCAUUCGAAUACAACCUACAUGCCACAUCACCAGACAAGUUCCAUGACUUCCCACCAUCCGAACGCAAAUCACAACUCUCUCACAGCUGGAACCCUUAAGCAGCCGGGUAGCAAGCCACAAGUGUUCGCCAGUUCAUCCUCGGGAUUGGGUUCAGAUCUCAGUCCCAGUUCAGAUCAUUCGCCGAACCACCGCGGGUCUGUUGGAUCCUCGGGACAACCAUGUGGACCCGGAGCAGAGAUGCCGCGAACUCCGACCCACCCCGUUACUAGUACAUCGAACUCUAACAAAGCAGAAUUCAGCUCAAGAAAUACAGUAGUAGAGUCAUCAACUUCAACUUCAUAUUAUCGGGGAGGUAACCAAACAACGCCCAAUGCAACAUCCCGUAGUCGAGUAACGAACCAAAUGACACAAGGGGCGAAUGUUAUUCACUCCACUCCGAGGAGUACAUCGACACGGCUACACGACGAUGUGGAUUUUGAUAUUAGUAAGGCUAACACGAGUACUCCUCGCGUGACAUCGACAAUAGAUGAUGAGUCACCCGCAUCCUAUCGGAACAUCAGGACUGCUUCUACUACAGCUCCAGUGCUGGCCAAACAGGAGUCACUCUCGGGGUUCAAUAAAGAACUCGACGACAGUUACAAUGAGACGCACAAUGCUUCUAAGUUUGGCCCCCGAGCCACUCCUAUGGCUGCAAAAUCCAAACAUCACCCAAGUGCACAACCAUCCCGUGCAACCAUAAACGGCUCAGCUGCACCCAUAGUGGCAAACUACGAGAGCUCGAACGGAGAUGCUGCCAACCACAAUGUAACCGAUGUCAAUCAAGUAGAACUUAACGUGAUGCAGUGUAAUGUGUUGGAGACGACGCCUGAAGUUGAGGAGAGUGAUUUUUCAUUUCAACCGGAGCAAGACUUCAAUCAAAACCACGCUCAACUACCAUCACAGGCUCCUGUUCAAUUGAUGCAUGAAGAUUGUCUCUGAUAUAGCUGGUCAAAAAACUAGACGAGCAGCAAAUAGUUGUGGCUAUUUGUCAAGUGUUUCUAUGUAGCGAAAAGUGAGACUUUCCAUCGGCCAUAAUUUGCGCCCUGAACCGCAAUUGGUUUUAUGCUGAUUUUUUUCCACAGUUCAUCGCCUUAUUUCCAUCUUGCUGAAGUGCGAUUUUGAUCGUUAAUCCGGGUCGAAGUUUUCACUUGGUCCAUGUCUGGUUUUUACUUGCGAAUAGCAAUUGUUUUGUUAAAGUUCUAUUUAGAACAGUAAAUUGUAAUUGAGCUGAUGUUUGUUGAUUUGGUCGCUGGCUGUACAUGCUUUCCAGAGUGCACACCAAAUGUUAUUGGAGUAAAUCAGAUGUAUCUGCAUGCAUAUCGAAUAGCCCUUAGCCCUAAUUACAAUGUUUUAUCAAAUUGAGACCUACCACGAAACGUUCUAGAAUUGUACAAUAUUAAUACACUUAUUGCUCUCGACUUUUAUCGAAGAUUUUUCUUGCGAAUUUAGAAUAACUUUGGUUUAACUUAUAUCUUACGACCAGUAUACUUAUGACCAAUUCAGGGGGUCUAUUAAAAGUUUUCGAACGGAGUCAUUUUCGCGGUUUCCCAAAAUCUGUCUUGUUUGACACUCUCACACCUAGAAGUAGUCAAAACAGUAUUCAGAAAAAAAAGAAGGUUAUUUGGCUACAAAUAAAUAACGUUGAGUAUUAUUAGAUAAGUGACUGAUUUUGGUGGCUAUGUGCUCAAACUAUAUCCGCCCUUGCAAUCAUAAAUAUUAAAUAGCAAGAGGUUGAAGCUUUGGGGAAUCUAUUCAAUUUAAGCUAAAUUCGCAAGUGAGCAUAUUUUUAGUGUUUUUUUUUGUAGAAAAUUCUAGAAUUACUGACUAAUCAAAUUUAUUGUUAUCUUUCGUUCUCUAAACAGUGUCUAGUGGUUUCCAAAUGAUCACAUGUGAUGUCGUUAAUGUUCUAUGUUUCCCUAUGUUGUUCAAUGUAUUUCCAGUUGUAGAGCCCACAUGCAGCCCACAGAAGAAGCAGAUUCUUUUUCACUCUCUCUGUUUUGGUUGCUCAAUUUAACCAUUUCCAAAAAUCAAAUUUGUGCUAGAGUCUAACGAUACAAUCUGCUGUUUCAACUUCAACUUUAUCUUCUCAUUUAAAAUUAUUGAUGAUUACGUACUAAAAACUAAUUUAAUAAUUCAAUUUUCAGUCAGAGUAGUUUUACAUUGCAAUUGCGAUGAUAUAUCUGCAUAUAAUAUUUAUUGCUAGUCGCUAUUCCCAUAUUCAAUUCAUAUUU